AUGUAUUCCGGCUACCAACUGGUUUGGGUCAUCGCAGCCUGCGUCUUGCUCUUCCUGACCUCGUUUCCCGCCCUCGUCAUUUUCUUCUGUUCGCUAUGCCUUGCCCGCCGGAAAGGAGAUCCUUCUCGAAAUUGGUUGGUCUGGUUCAAAACAGGCUUCAUUUUGUUUUCAUUGGCUGGCUUCUCCUGUUUUCUCGUCAAUCUAUUCGCCGUUCUCUUCUCGGACCUCUAUCUGCCAAACUAUGAGCCCAUCCGCUCGAAAGAGAUCCUGCCUGUCCAGGUAGAAUUUGAUCUUUUGGGCACCCUCCUCGCGAACCUCUCCGACAUUUGCAUAAUCCUUGCCAUCAGUGGGCUCGACAAGGGCAUAAUUGUUGCGCACAACACUGAAUCGAGUCGAGGCAAUGGCGGCCUAUCACCCGGAACCGUCCAGUUCGUUGAUAACGUGUUCCACUUCUCCGUCUACGGGCUCGCCGGUCUUCUCUUUACUUUGAGCAUUGUUGCAUUCGCCAUUGGUCAACAUCUAUAUUCCGUUUUUGGUUUGGGCAGCAGCCGUAUCGGAUAUGAUCACUCCUUCGUUGGCUCAUCGUAUAGUCAGAUGACGUUGGGCAAGACGUCCCAACAUCUAUCUCUGGCCGUGCACUGUAUGGCUCUGGCUGUUGCCCUGUGUAUUCUCGUCAAGUCUAUCCUUACAAAGGUGCGCUGUCGGGGAGACAAGCGUGUCGCAAUGGCCUCUACAUAUCUUAUCGUAUGCGAAUCGCUCUUUGUAUUGCGUGCUGCCUACAACGUGGGUUAUUGUGUGAUAUUCAAGCCGCGCGACGGCGCCACCAACGUCCCGCCCUCUGCAUUCACCGUGGUAGAUGUCGUCGCAGAUACCUGGCCGGCCUUGGUCAUAUUCUGUGUCCUUUUCGCCCUCGGCUGCAAGAAACGCGGUCUUUGGUCUACGAUGCAGCCUGUGACACCGGGGCUUUUAGACAUCACACCUCAGCAAAGCCCUCGGAGCUAUUCGCACAAUACCAGUCAGGCAAGUGAGGCAGACAUGGAGUUCAACGUGCCGGCACCGCAAGUGCAUGAGAUGCUGCAAGUGACGUCGCACGAGCAGCCGACACACGAGCCGAUCGCUCUGCGCGAAAUCCCCCGCCUCGCAGUCAACCCGCCACCGCAGUUGCAGGGACAGCAGCAGCAGAUACGACAAACUUUGGAGGCCGAAGGCGAAGAUGACUCACCCCCCGACUACUACAGUGCCCGCCACCAAGCCCCUCCGCAGCCCCCGCCUCAGCACGCACUGCCAUUCACGCCUGUUAAUGGUCCCGAGGAAGCGCACGCCGGUCCAUCAUUCGCGCUGCCAACACAUUCAGGCUACUGCAGUGGCAUACCACUACCUGGCUCGCCGCCUCCUCACGCGGACGCCAUGGGGUUAUAUCAUCAGGCAGACGGGAGAACACCGCAGUCACAGCCUUUGCCAUACAAUGAGAAGAGCUGA